AUGGCCCUUAAGAUGCCCAUGCUCAAGACCCUGCUGGUCUUCUACCUGUUCCUGAACUUGGACUUCCGCCGCGGCUUUCUGCAGAAGCCGCCCGGCCCCGAAGAGGAGCCCGAAGACAACAUCACCAUGUACACCCGCAUCCUGGACGGGCUCCUGGAGGGCUACGACAAGAGGCUGCGGCCCGGGUUCGGAGAGUGGACCACCGUGGUGAACACCGACAUCUUGGUGACCAGCAUCGGCCCGGUGUCCGACACGCAGAUGGAAUACACCAUCGACGUCUUCUUCCGCCAAAGCUGGAAUGACGAGCGGCUGCAGUUCAAGGGGCCCAUACAUAGCCUGUCGCUCAACAACCUGAUGGCCGGCAAGAUCUGGACCCCGGACACCUACUUCCACAACAGCAAGAAGUCCGUCGUGCACAACACGACCACGCCCAACAAGCUGCUGCGCCUGGAGUCGGACGGGACCCUGCUCUACACCAUGCGCCUGACCAUCUCUGCCGACUGCCCCAUGCAGCUCUACGACUUCCCCAUGGACGAGCACACGUGCUCCCUGCAGUUCGGAAGCUACGCCUACACCAACGAGGAAAUCGCCUACGUGUGGCUCGAAACGAACGCCACCCACGGGCUGGAUGUGGCUGAGGACGGCUCCCGGCUGAACCAGUACUACCUGACAGGGUUCGAGACACACUCGGCCAACUGCUCCACCACCGUAGGCAAUUUCACCGUCCUGACCGCGGACUUCCACCUGAAGCGGAAGCUCGGCUACUUCCUCAUCCAGACCUACCUGCCCUGCAUCAUGACCGUCAUCCUGUCCCAGGUGUCCUUCUGGGUGAACCGGGAGUCCGUGCCCGCGCGCACCGUGUUCGGGGUGACCACGGUGCUGACCAUAACCACCCUCAGCAUCAGCGCCCGGAACAUGCUGCCCAAGGUGUCCUAUGCCACCUCCAUGGACUGGUUCAUCGCCGUGUGCUACGGCUUCGUCUUCUCGGCGCUCAUCGAGUUCGCCACCGUCAACUACUUCACCAAGAGGAGCUGGGCCUGGGACGGCCAGGGCAACGCGGGCAGAAACAGGAGACGGGGACGCCGCCAGGGCCGGAGAAGCCUGUACGCCGCGAGGAGGAGGAGAAGGGCCCACUCGCCCAGCAUCCCCCAGGGCGAGCACAUCCCCAUGGGGCCCAUCGGACGGGUGCCCGCCCACCUGGCGUCGAUCCCCGAGUCCCCAGUCAACGUGCCCGUCUCCUCCGACGACGAGCAGGAAGCGAAGACUUACAACAGUGUCAGCCAGAUCGACAAGGUGUCCCGCUUCCUCUUCCCGCUCCUGUUCGCCCUGUUCAACGCCGUUUACUGGUGGACAUAUCUGUCCAAGUAA